UCAAGUAGAAAAAAAAACUUAAAUUAAACAAUUCAUUUUUGUUAGAUAACAGAUUUGAUAUAUUUUUUACAAAACAAUUUCUUGGAAUAUUCCUCUUCAAAAUGCUAACAGCUCACAGUGUAGAAUUACCUAAUCCUCACAAGAAAUGUAUAAGGGAGCUACUGAAUUACUUAACAUGUUUCGAUAAUGACUACCAAAGCAUUAAUAUCGAAUUAAGGAAUAUUCAAAAAGAGUUCAAACAGUCAAUAGACAAUGUUGUUUUUCACUGUUCUGAAUUGCGUAAAUUGGCUUGUGCAUCGGAUGAAAGGCUUGAUGAGUUUCAAAGGAAUGUUGAAAAUAUUGACGCUAUAACAGAAAGUUUCAACAAGCGCAUUGAAAAUUUGCAAAAGAAACGAGAAGAAAUUAUUGAGGAAUCCAAGAAGUGUUUUGAACAAUUACAGGUUGAAAAAAUGAGACUGAAACAUUUUCACCAGAAAACCAUCAACCAUUUGAAGUCUUUUGCAGUUCAGGCUAAUGAUGCAGAAAUCAUAAAGAAUUGCGAAAAAGACUUAAACGAAAUAAAUAAACAGUUCGCCAAAGAGUUAUCCUAUAUAAGAAAGUGUGAGAGUGUUCUGGAUCCAUUCUUUCGUUUGCUCAGAGUAUGCAAAUCUCAAGUGUGCCAUUUGAAUGAAUAUGAAUGGGUACCUCAGGGAAAAUCAACAGAAAUCGUCGACUCCAUUGCCAAAGAAAUUCGAGAUUCCAUGGGAACUACAUUGAGAUGUGCAUUUGCUCAUCUUCAUAUUCAUCAGCCGAAUGAUACAAAUAGUUGUUUGGCUCAAUAUCUUAUGGCAUUGGUGCAUAAUGAAGAAAUGAUGGGAGAAAAAUUAGAACUUUUUACUGCUAACUAGGCCUUUUUAACAUUUGUUAGAUGUAUACCAAAUUAUAUUUCACAAAAAUGAAUUAUUUUCUGAUGAUAUUUUGAGUGUAAAUUUCGAGGGAAUGUUAUAUGGCGUAUAGAUUCUAUAAUAAACCAAUUCUAACAGAAACGGAAAAUACACCAUCAAACAUUCAUAAAAUUUUAAGGAGAAACAAUAAACUAUUUUAAUAGGAAAUUUAGUUUCAAUCAUUGCGAUUUAUUUUUCUUCAAAAGACAAUUU